CCGCCUCCUCUCUUCUAGACCCCCACCAAAAGCUCCGGGGCUGGGGUAGGGGGGGCUUGCCCUGCGCUGCGUCCCGCCGUUGCUGCGGGCGAUGGGGUCAGCCCUGUGCGUCCCGGGGUGGCUGUGGGGUGCGGGAUGUCCCCUCCCCGGAGAGUUGGUGAUGCUACAAACACACCUGCAGCCUGUCGGGACGGGUCUGGGAGUGGGUUUGGUGCUGCAAGAGGUGCCUUCGUUCCCUCCCGCUGCGUCGUGAGAAAUCCCCCUCCAUGGAGAAAGAGGGUCCAGCCCCGACCCCGGCUGACGCAGGGACGGAUGUCGGCCUGAACCUCACCCUUCUUCCCCCCAUCCCAGGUUUGGCAGGCGAGUGUGGCGAGCUGAGGUCCUGCGAGACAUGCACGGCCGGCACCACUGCGCACAAAGGCACCGGCUGCGUCUGGGUGGGCUGCGGGACCCCCGAGGAGCCAGAGCCAGGGAGCUGCGUGCCGAGAGGGGCGGCAGAGCGGGAGACCUGCGCGCUCUACAACACCAGCACUCUGUGUCGAGCGGCGCUGAAGUCCCCCACUGAAGAACCUCCACGGUCCCAUAGCAAGGAGCCGGUGACGCACUCCCCAAAGACCACCACCACCAGCGCCCCGUUGACGGGCAGCCCCGAAUUUCACCCUCCCGGCUUCGACACGGCCAGCUUCAUCGGCGGCAUCGUGCUGGUGCUGAGCGUCCAAGCCGUCGUCUUCUUCAUCAUCAAGUUCAUCAAGUCGAAGGACAGCACCUACCAAACACUAGAGGACAACCAGUAGGUGCUGGGUGCUGGCGGCGAUGGGGAGGGGGCUGCCCCUCUGCACCCCCAGAGCUUCACCCUCCCCUCGCCCCCUCCCCGUGGCCGGGGGUGGGGGGGGGGGGGUGCGGAUGGCGUGGUCCCUCUCUCCUGGUUUGCACGAAGGGGACGUCCCGGCUGGUUUGCUGUUUUCCUGGGAGUCUUUAACGAUGGAAGGGAAGGGGGUGUCCCCCCUGCCCCCCCCCCCCCCCCCCCCAUUUCCAUGCAUGGAGCCCCGGGCGGGAUGCACUGAUGCACAGCCCCCCCCCACCUCCCCGGGCCCCACGGUGGUAGGGUGCAGCCCCCCACCCCUUCCCCCUGAGCACCCUCGGCAGGACGGGAGCUGCGGGGCCCAGUUUGGCCCCAGUUAGAGAGCACCCAGCAGCCCCCCUCCCCACCCUGGGCGCCCCCCUCAUACCCACCCCCCCACACCCCAUUGCCUCCCCACAGCCUUGGGGCUCGCCGGGUGGGGGGGGUGUGGGGAGGGUGCUGGGGGUCUUCUCUUUCCCCAGCGAGCUCUCAGGUGCUUUUCCCUUCAGCGUUUUGGCUGGAGCCCCCAGCCCCCUGCUCUGACCCCCCCCGCCAUGUUCCCCCCUUCCGCCAGCCCCUCCGUGCCCGCCGGAGGAGCAGAGCCAGGGCCUUGCUGUGUGCUUUUGCUGUGCCUUUGUGUUGCUGGGGGGGGGGCGGGGGGCUGUGGGGGGUCCCCAGUCCCCCCUCCAACCUU